GGAAGACCUUGGACUGUUUCGGCCCCUUCUCUCUGCGGUCGAGGGGCCGUGUCGCCGUUGUUUACAGGUAUCGACUGUGCUGCUGGGAAUCGCUGCAGAACCUGUCCGCUGCUUUCACUUGUGCUGGCGCGGGUCUUUACGGGUCGUGGCUUUGUGCGGAAUAAUAACAUUUCAAUUGCCGCAGUGAUGUCAUACACGCGAGAAAAACCAAAUGCAUUUCCACAUUAGCUCCUCUUCAAAAAGAUAUCCAUUACAAAAAUGGCCGCGUUCAAGAUCCAGGAAGUGACAUCAGAGGAUAUGAAUGAAAGCCCCUCGAAGCAAGAAGCCGCCAUCAGGGAACUGCGUCAAAUGCUACAAGGUGAAAAGCAGCUGUACAGCCGCACGGAUGCUCCGUUUCUGCUUAGGUUUCUCAGGGCGCGGAAGUUGGACGUCGACAGAGCCUUCCAACUGAUAAAAAACUAUUACAACUGCCGUCGCACGUAUAAGGAAGUGUACGACCAACUGCUGCCUUCUCAAGUUAAGAAGAAUCUCGUGUACAACUACCAGAGCUUAUUACCUCAUCGCGACCAUCGAGGCAGGGCGGUCCUCCUCGUAAAAUCUGGGGCCUGGGAUCCCGGUGAUUACAGCCCGGACGAAAUGUUCAAAACGAAUACGAUGUGCAUGGAACAAGCAAUCUUGGAUCCUGACACUCAAAUCAACGGAGUCGUCAUGAUCAACGACCUCAAAGGCUUGGGUUUGCAUCACGUGCGACAUUGCCCACCGUCUCAUUUCAUCAAAGUCAUUCAUCUAGCGCAGGAUGGAUUUCCUGCCAAAUUUAAAGCACUGCACAUCGUGAACGAGCCUUUCUUCAUGCGAGCUUUCAUGGCCGUCCUCAUGCCCUUCAUGAAAGAAAAGUUUCGUAAACGGAUCUUCUUUCAUGGCAACGAUAUGACAAGUCUACACCAGCACAUCUCGCCCGAUGCCUUGCCUCGAGAGUAUGGUGGAACGCAGGAUGAACUGGACAACAAGGAUUUGGUCAGGAUUUUACAACAGAAUGAACAACUGUUCAAGAGAGAUGCGGAAUACGGUUACAAAGAAAAGUGACCUUUUCUGGUGUAGGACUUUCGAUGGUCAAUAUUUAUUUUCAAGGCAAAAGGUGAUAUUAUGACCGUGAUAUUUAUAAAACUACUCUUCAUAACCACAA